CGACCAAACACGAAUCAGUCAGUUGGUCUGAAGUCAGAGUUAGCGUUGGACAGAUUAUCAGUGCGAGGCGAAACGCGGUCGUGUGAAGUGCUUCUUUUGGAAAUAAUUAUUAAUGAAUAACGCAGAAAUGACUGUAAUAGACCUGUUUUCAUACAACUUCAAAAUGCCGCCGGCACCCGAGAUGAAAAUGCUCACUGAAAUGUUGGAAAUGUUCAAAAGGCUGCCAUGCAUUUGGGAUCAGGCGCACCAUUUGUAUCACUGCAGAAACGAACGGGAUAGAGCAUAUGCAAUACUUUUGCAGAAAUAUAGGACCAUAUACGUAGAUGCUACCAAAGAAAUGCUCAAAAAGAAGAUUGAUAACAUGAGGAAUGCUUACAGGCGGGAAUACAAAAAGGUUUUAGCAGCCAGAGCAAAAGGUGCCCAACCGCAUAUCCCCGUGUUAUGGUACUACCACCUGUUCACAUUUUUGGAUGAAACUAGAGAUGACACCAGUAGCUGCUCCGUCAGCGAAAUAACAGAAGUGACAGAAGUUAAUGAAAUAAUGGAAGUAAAAAUUGAGGAGGAAGAAUAUGUCACAGAAGUUAUCGAAGACAGCGACGAAGAAAUAAAGACACCACCACCUAAGAAAAUCAGAUUUACAUAUGAAGAGCCACUGGACACAGAAGUGACACAAUCACAGCAGGCAGCAACACCAUCAAACCGGGAAGAAACGGCGUGUCAGCAGGAAGUCACACAAUCACAACCUGAAAUAAAAAGUACCACGGACGAAUCGGAGGCGACCAAAGAGAGCGAGACAUUCGGCCGCACUAUUGGCCUUCAGCUCAAAGAGUUGGAGCCCAUGCAGCGGUACAUCGCAGAAAAAAUAAUCUCGGACGUAAUAUUCUAUGGGAGACUGCGAAAAUUAGACCCACAAACCAGUCUCGCCAAUACAAAAUUGUGACAAAGCAAGAUAAUAAAAGUAGUUUGUAAAGUGGCCGAUGUUUUUCAUUUCGUAUAUAGUUGCUUGCCGGGCGGUGAAUGCGUAGGUAUUCUCGAUAAAGGGGCUGUUGCCAAGGGACCCCCUCCCACGGUGAACUUGGGUCGAACCAGCAACGCCGGCAGCCGCCGCUGCGGUUUGCGGCGCGGUCGCCAACUGCCGCACUGUACGCAGGGUACUAGGCGCGCAGAAUUCGCGAGGAGAUGUUUGCGGCGUCGCGCGGCCAGUUAUCGAGGGCCGCGCCUGUCCCCUCGAGUUCGCUC